UGUUAGUUGUUUUGGUAUGUUUGAAAUGUUUAGAAGGGAAACAUGUAACAGCUUGCUGAUCUCUUUCCAUUAGGGGUGAAUAAGAUGUUUUCUUUUAACUCUAUGCCAAUUUUUCUUUCUUUCUUUCUGUUAUCUGCUACACGAAAGGUGAUACUUAAUUAUUUGAGUUGUUUAAUAAUCCCAUGGUCCCUACAUAAGGUCUUUUUUGCCUUCUCAUGUUCUCCAAAAGACCUCAACAAUUGAUUGCAACAACAACACAUUAGUAAAAGAUGCUCCAAAAUAAUAUUAUGAUUGUUGUUAAACUAUCUAGUACUUCAUGUUAAAAGGUCCGAUCCUAUUAUUAUUUUAUGUAUUUUUAACAUGUGGUCGAAGUUGACUGCAUGACAAAAAGGAAUUCUAUUUAAGAACUGAGAACUAGUGGAUUGUAUCUACUACCUGACAUAUCUGAAGCACUGAUCAUACUCGCUCCCUUUGUUCAGUUUAGCUGUUAAUCUGUAGCAGAUAGCAUCCCUCUCUUCAGGUGGAUUGUUUCAUUUCUUUCUAUUAUUAAUAAAUUGACCUGGAAGUCCCUUGAUAAAUGAUCCAAUUCUUUGGAUAUUGUAUUCUUCUGUAUAAUCAAUGAGAUAUUUUCUUGAACAUAAGAAAGGGAAGUUUGGUAGUAGCAGUCAUUCUAAAGGUCUUUUGUAUUCUGAACCCAUUGUUUAUGACGUGGACAGCUAUAUCUUUGGUUGCCUUUUGGAUUCAUAUUGUAUAGUUAUGCAUCAAUUUUAUUUCCUGGCGUUAAUAUCAUUUCUGUAUUUCUUUUUCUUAUGUAUUCCUUGCGGGGAUCCCUCCUUUGUUGAUUAUGUGACAGUUAUUGUUGAAUGCUGGAUUUUGUGUUCUGAGUAGCUAUUCUUGCUGAUAAAAAGUAUACCAUGUUACAUUUCAGUUACCGGACAUUGUUUAUGCUUGGUGGAUGAGGAUACCACAAUAAAGAGGGUGUGGGGGUUUCGAUAAGGUUCUUGAAUCUGUCCAGUGAGGGUUUAGAGUUGUUGCCCUAGAAGACUAUAACCCAUGCUAGUGAAUAAUUUGAAAAGGGAAGGUGGCUUGGUGAACUGAAGUUAAGACAUGUCAAAGUCUACUCCUGUUAAAGCAAGCAAGAAUUCUGAAUUGAAGAAAUCUGCAGCCAUCUUAACGAUAACAAAUGGCCAUGCUUGUAAGAAGGAUGCAACUGGUAGAGAACGUCCUGUCCAUGACAUCAAGGGCACUGGCACUUGGAUCUGUAGAAAUUUGGCCUGUAAAGCUGUUGUAACAGCUGAAGAUUCUUUCUGCAAGAGGUGCUCAUGUUGUAUUUGCCAUCAGUUUGAUGACAAUAAAGAUCCUAGUCUAUGGUUGGUUUGUGCAUCUGAGAAUGAUGACAAGCAGUACUGUGGUUCUUCUUGCCACAUCGAGUGUGCCCUCAAACAAAAGCGGGUGGGAUGCUUUGAUCUUCAAAAAAUUAUUCAUCUUGAUGGGAGUUAUUCAUGUGCUUCAUGUGGGAAGAUAUCUGGGGUACUAGGUUAUUGGAAAAGGCAAUUAGUGAUUGCAAAGGGGGCUCGCCGAGUUGAUAUACUCUGCCACCGCAUCUAUGUGAGUUAUCAGUUAUUGGAGGGUACGAGCUGUCAUAAUGAAUUGCAUAACAUUAUUCAAGAGGCAAAAGCAAAACUUGAAUGCGAGGUCGGUCCACUUGAUGGAAUGUCGGCAAAGAUGGCACGUGGUAUCGUAAGCAGGUUAUCUGGUGGUAGUAAUAUACUGAAACUUUGCUCUCUAGCGAUUCAAAAAGUUGAUGAGUUGUUGAGUUCUCCAUCUCCAGGCUUGCUUCGAGGUUCAUUACCAGCUGCGUGCAAAUUCAAAUUCGUAGACAUUACAUCGUCUUCCCUUGUUAUCAUCUUAAAAGAAAAUAAAUUAGCAUCAUCGGACACCAUCAAAGGUUAUAAGCUGUGGUACUGGAAGAGCAGAGAGCAACCAAGCAUGGAUGAGCCUGUUAUCUUGCCAAGAGACCAAAGAAAAAUACUUGUGUAUAACCUCGCCACAUGCACAGAAUAUUCCUUCAGAAUCAUAUCAUUCACAGAUGCUGAGGCGGCCAUUGGGCAUUCCGAGUCUAAAUGUUAUACUGCGAGCAAGGAGGUAUUUAUCAAAUCUGUGACCCAGAAUGCCACGGGAACAUGCCCGCAGACGCAGACAGCGGAUAGGAGCCAGGCUUGUAUGUCCACUGGAUUUAGGAUCCGAGAUGUUGGGAAGAUCUUGCGGCGAGCUUGGGCUGAAGAAGGCUAUUGUGAGGAUAUGUACGCAGGUUCAUGUGACAUAAGUGCCACAGAAGCAAAUCAGGCAGGGAACAGUGAACAGGGUCAUUUGUUAUCUGGUGCAUGUCGCAAACUUCAGUUCAAUGCAUUUUCUGUCCCUGACCUAAAUGCACCCAUGCCCAUGGACAUUGACUCUUCCCCUGAGAAGAGCUAUGAUUUAAAUAACAGACUUUUAAGAUCAAAUGACAGUGGUGGCUCAGAGGCUUGCGAGGCAGUCAGGAGUGCGGAACCGGCUGCUGUUGAAUCUCGACCAGGGGGCAAGGCAAAGCAGCCCAAUGGUGCUCAGAAUGAAAGCUGUGAGCAGGAUGGAGUUUCGGCCAUCUGUCGCCAGAAGCAACUUCUGAGAAAACCUAGAGUGCUGGAUGAGGACUAUGAGUACUGUGUGAAGGUGAUACGGUGGCUGGAGUGUGACGGGCACAUAGAGACUGAUUUCAGAUUGAAGUUUUUGACCUGGCUGAGUCUAAGAUCGACUGAGAAUGAGCAUAGGAUUGUGAACACAUUCAUCAAAACGCUAAUCAAAGAACCAAGCAGCCUGGCUGAGCAGCUUGUUGAUUCUUUCGGAGAGAUGGUAAACUGCAAGAGACCAAAAGUAGGUUUCGGCAGCGGGCUAUGGCAUUUGGACAAACAAUAACAAUUCAGGAGUUCGCUAACUCAUUGGUAUUCUAUAGUUUUUCCAAUCAAGUGCAGUGAAUUCCGGUUUGUUUCUAUUGCCCAGAAUGAGAAUGAGGGGGUUAGGUUCAUAAACUUAAUAAUCAUCGCAUCGACCCAGCUGUCAGAUUAUUACCAUACCUUAUAAGUUCAGAUCAGAUCGUGCAUAAUUUUAUUGAGAGCUGCCAUUUCGACCAUUACCAUACCAUAAGUUCAGAUCGGAACAUGCACAAUUUUCUUGAGAGUCGUCAUUCGAGCCUAUGGGAACAGUAUAUUUGAUUUACUUAGAAAUUCCUAUCUUCUUAAUUCUACAUAGGGAAAUUAUUUUUAGGCGGAAAAUAGAUUGCAUUGAAAGAUUCCUGUUCCACCUGGAAGUAGUGGAAAUAAUUUUAUAUUCUCAUUGCUAAACCACUCUCUGUAUUCUGUCAGAGCCCUGGAAAAAUCUUAUAUGAUGUCAUGUAUGGCUUA